CUUUGGCACGCCGUACGUGUGGUUUGGUCAGAAAUCAGCUAUGAAGAUGACGGAGGAAAAUAAUAAUAAUAAUAGUACUGGUGAACCCACGAUUACAAUGGAGGAUGUCCAGCGUCUGAUUAAAAAGAAAGAUGAAAUCGAGGAGCAGAUUAAAGCGUACUACGAGGUGCUAGAAGAUCAAGGCAACGUGGGCAUGCAUGCACCUCUAGUGGAUAUGGAAGGCUAUCCUCGCGCAGAUGUGGAUUUGUUUCAGAUCCGAACAGCGAGGCACAGCAUCUCAUGUUUGCAGAACGAUCACAAAGCAAUCAUGGUGGAGAUUGAAGAAGCCCUUCAUAAGCUGCAUGCUCGGGACAGAGCCAAGCGCGAACAGGACCAGGCGGAAGCAGAGGCGGAGAGAAUGGAGCAGGACGUGACGUUACAGCCACCUUUUGCUCGAGUGGAUACUGUGACUCAGGGAUCUCCUGCUUAUCAGGCGGGUAUGUGCAUUGGCGAUGAGAUUGUUGAGUUUGGUUCAGUUAACCCAAGCAACUUCCACAACCUGCACAAUAUCGCUUCUGUGGUGCAGCACAGUGAGGGGAAAUCCGUGAGUGUCGCAGUCAUUCGGAAUGGACAGAAAAUUCGUCUCAGCUUAACUCCACAACGCUGGUCUGGAAGAGGUCUGCUAGGGUGCAACAUAGUAUCUCUUCGCAGAUGACGGAGAUUAGGAAAGCUCACGAGCCAUUCCAGCUCGUCUUUGAGCCAACCUGAGCACUUUUUGUCACCAACAUUCUACAUUUUCCAAUAAAAUGUGUUUAGACAGGUUUAUUUUUCAAUUCAUAAUUACAAUUAUCACACAUCUGUAUUUCGUGAAAUGUUAUGCCAUGAAAAUAAAUCCCAGACCAUCUUCAGGAAACUGCUUCCACAUUACUACAAUAUGAAUAAAUCUUUAAGAAGUAUUUA